GCUCGCUCUGCGCUGCCGCCGUCCAACCCUACACCAGACCGACUAUAUAAAAGCUUACCCGUCAGAUUCUCUAGGGCUCUUCUUCGUUCUCUCCCUCCCGCCGCCGCCUCCUCCGUCACCGCCCCGGCGCACUUGGAGCUCGUCCCACCCACGGCCUGCCCAGCAUGAUCAUCCCCAAGAAGAACCGCAAUGAGAUCUGCAAGUACCUCUUCCAAGAGGGUGUGCUCUACGCCAAGAAGGACUACAACCUGGCCAAGCACCCGCAGAUUGACGUGCCCAACCUCCAGGUGAUCAAGCUCAUGCAGAGCUUCAAGUCCAAGGAGUACGUCAGGGAGACCUUCUCGUGGCAGCACUACUACUGGUACCUCACCAAUGAGGGCAUUGAGUUCCUGCGCACCUUCCUCAACCUGCCAUCUGAGAUCGUGCCCAACACGCUCAAGAAGUCUGCCAAGCCUCCUGGCCGCCCAUUUGGCGCUGGCCCACCUGGUGACCGCCCAAGGGGUCCACCUCGCUUUGAGGGUGAUAGGCCAAGGUUUGGUGACAGGGAUGGCUACCGUGCUGGUCCUCGUGGCGCGCCUGGUGACUUUGCUGGUGAGAAAGGUGGAGCUCCAGCAGAGUUCCAGCCAUCAUUCAGGAGCUCUGGUGGUGGGUUUGGCCGUGGUGGUGGUGCAGGUGGCUUUGGCCGUGGUGGCGGCUAUGGCGGUGGUCCGACCUCUUCCUCAAUGGAGUGAACUUCCCCAAGUUCGGAUGUGAUGUUUCCCUUCUCAUGAUGCGUUAAUUUUGCAUGAUGGUUAUAUUAUGUAGUAGUGAUGUUUGCAAGAUUGAUCAGUGUUGUCUACACAUGCUAAAAUGUGCUACCUUGAAUCACUCAGUAUAAUAGUUUUUGCAAACGUUGUCUUAAAUGCUUCCCCCAAGUUGAUCCUACAGUAAUCUUUUGUUUUGCCAUGUCUUGUUCUGGUAUGAUCCCCGAUGUUCGUGUGUUGUCUGUCUUACCAGAGAAGUAGUAGUCUCCUGUUCAGUUUUGCUGUAGUGUGUGGGUAACGGAUGUGCUGUAUGUGAUGCAACGGUGUCUUCGAGCAAUAAGUAGGAUCCUGCAGUUAACUGAAUGAGGCUGCACUCUUGCUUCGAUAUGCAUAAGCCUGUUUGUUUUUUGGGUACCUAUCAGCGAACUAGCUAAAAUGUGCUACCUUGAUUCACUCAGUAUAAUAGUUUUUGCAAACGUUGCCUUAAA